AUGGGGGCGGUAGCGUCGCACACCGAAGCCGAAGCAUUCGACCUGGUCGUCGAUGAGGCAGACGUCGAAGAAGUCCUGGCUGUCAUAGCCGUCGAGCUUGAAUUCGACGAGCGUGGCGGGGGAAGCAACGUCGGAGCCGGAACAUUUGACCUUGUCGGAGCCACAGUCGCUGGUGAGGCUCAAGAAUUUGCCAGUGGAUUCCUCGAACAGUGCGUCCGGCCCCACAUGCGGCCGCCCCAUGAAGCUGGCGGGGAGAUGGUUCGGGUAUCGCCCUUCUGUGUUGAAGGCGUGGAUCUUAUGAGGGGUAUGCGAGCAGGUUACGUGCAAGGGAAAAGAGAUGAUUUGGGAUUUUAA